UGACAUAUAUACCCCAUGGGGCCUCCUCCUUCCCCCCAAGGUCGCUGCUUCGGUGCCCCCUGGCCCUGGGCAUGGCGAAUUGGCGAGCAGAGGAUGCUUGAAGUCACACGGGAGAUGGCGAAUGGAGGAGCUGGCCUCGGAUUCUCUCUCCGGUUUGAUCCCAUGCGGGCGGCCUUUGAUCGUGCUCUGGUCGGCCUCCCUGCUUCCGCGCUCAUCAGCCGCCUCCUUGGCUGGACCGAGAACAGCAGCCAGGGCAGACCGCCUCAUGAAUCCGCGGUGGUCGCCGCCGCCGUUGCUGUUUACUUGGCCGCGCGCUUCGUGUCCGAUCAGCAGCCUCGCCGUCAUCGCCGGCGACGUCUGGCUGCUUCUGCUGUAGAUAAGCCAAAUUCCGCAACUAGACCUCGUGCUCUGCCUGCGCCGGGCGAUGGACUUCGAAUUCUAGCAUCCAAUGAUGAAUAUCCGGAAAACGUGAUUCACGGCGCGUCGAUCGGCGCCGGGGACGACGAGCCGAUUCUUGUGGCAAGAGUUCAGACUAUGCCACCCCACGUGGCAGCAGGAUCAGCAAGCUCUGACGGCGAAUCGGAGAAGAAACAAUCGGAGAAAGAGCGUGAGGAGGUCGACCAGUUCAAGGAGCUCUGGCUGUCUCUCGUGGAGCGGGAGCAGAGGCUGGAGCUCCAGCUCAUGGAACUGGACGACCUCAGGGAGCAGGAGGCUACCGUUCGGGAGCUCGAGAACCGCCUCGGCGUCGCCGCCGUGGAGGCGCGACAUCUGGAGCUCAAGGUCUUGUCGCUGUGUGAGGAGAACGAGAGGCUCGAGGCGCAGACGUCGGAGCUGGAUGCCGUCCGGGCACAGCUGGGCCGCGCCAAGGAGAAGGUGCGGUCGCUCAAGGAGAGGGUACAGGUCGAGCGGGAGGAGGCCCAGCGCGAGGCGGCAGCGCUCCGGGAGAGGGUGAAGGAGCUCGAAAAGAACGACGAGGAGAGGGAGAAGGCGCUGGCGGCGGAGGCGGCAUCUCUCCGGAAGGCGAACGCCGUGCUGCAGGAGGAGAACAGGGAGCUUGCUCUAAGGCUGCAGGAUGCAGAGCAGCUUGCCACCUCUGUCAGUUUGGUUCACGAGGAGGACAAUGGUGAUGAGGCUAGCUACCUAAGGGAGACGAACGAGAGGUUGACGAGGCAGAUCGAGCAGCUGCACAGCGACCACUGCGCGCACGUCGAGGAGCUUGUCUACCUCAAGUGGGUCAACGCAUGCCUCCGCCACGACCUCCGUGGCAAUGACCACCAGUCCUCUUCCGCCCAACAAGAUCAGGACGGCGCCGGCGCCGGCAUGUCGUCGGCCAUGGAGCUGAGCAAGAGCAUGAGCUACCGCUCCAGCGAGAAGGCCAAGGAGCUCAUGCUACGGUACGGCAACCUCGGCCUCGACCCCUCGCUCUUAUCGCCGCUCAACGAGUCGCUAUACGGCGACGGCGAAGAUCGCCAGCGGCGCGGAGGUCACGACGAGCCAGGGAGGAGUCCGGGCGUGUCGGCGACCACUGCCGCCUCCGCGCCGGAGAAACGGGCCGGGCAUGGUAAGCUCAAGUUUCUGAAGAACAUCAAGAAGCUGCUGGCGAGCAGCAAAAAGGGCCAAGGCCACGGCCAUGACCGCAAGAGCAUCAAGGUGCCCAACGACGAGCAUGUCGAGAAGGCCCUGCGGUGGCUGUCCUCCAGCCACGACGCGUUCGGCGGAGAUAGCUCCUACGAGAGCACGCCACUGUCGUCGUGCGAGCGAACCCCGCUGAGCAGCGUGACGACCCGGGACUCCCGCGCCCAUGCGCGCGGCGGGGAGACGGCGGCGGAGCCGGCCGUGGCGGGGCUGCCGGCCGAGGCUCAGCUGCUGAGGUCGAAGAGCGAUGUCGGUGCGUCGUUCGGGCGGGAGGGGAGCAGGUACCACGCUCUACGGCCGGACCGCCCAGCCGGUGUCCGGCAGGACGGGUUCUACGCGCCGGAGAAGAUGAGAAGGUACUCGGAGGAGUUGACAAGCUCCUGAUCACCCAUGAAUUUGUUGGUGGUGGACGAGAGGUCAUGCUAGCUGCAUGCUUUUGUACACAAUUAUAACUGAUUAAGUCCGGUGUAACUCCCCAUUUCCAAAAGAAAAGUCGAGAUACCAACUUCCUUCAUGUUCUUAUGUAUAUAUACUAGUACAUGUUAAGGUUGUGCGCU